UAUGUUUCUUUCUCCAACAGUGACCCAGCCAUGAAGCAGUUUCUCCUGUAUCUAGAUGAAACAUCAGCGCUUGGGAAAAAGUUCAUUAUUCAAGAUCUGGACGACACCCAUGUCUUCAUCUUGGCUGAAGUAGUGCAGAUUUUACAAGAACGGGUCGGAGAACUGAUGGACCAAAACUCUUUCCCCAUCACCCAGAAAUAAAGACAACUGCUUUUGUUUAA